AUGGAUGACUCUCAAAAUCACCUUCAGCUUAAAGAAGAGUACGAGUUGUGGCGAAAGAACUGUCGCUUCAUGUAUGAUUUUGUGAGCGAGACGGCUCUCACAUGGCCCUCAUUAACAAUACAAUGGCUCCCACAACAUGAAGAAAAUAAUGCUAAAUUGCUACUUGGAACUCACACUUCUGGAAUGGACGAUAAUUACCUUAAGUUGGCGUCGACAAAGUUGCCUGUUAAAAGUAAUAGCGACAUUGACAAAACAGCUCGGACCUCCUCAAAAAUUAAAAUUUCGAAAAAGAUCAAGACAUCCAGUGAAAUAAAUAGGGCUCGUUACAUGCCACAAGAUCCCAACUUGGUAGCUGCUAUAAAUGGGGCUGGUGGAUGUGAAAUAUUUAAUUUGGCGAAAGGAAUCAAAGAAUUAACGCUCGCAUCCCACAGUGAGAAUGGUUAUGGACUUUCGUGGAAUCAUUUUCAGCGUGGGAUUUUGCUCACAGGUUCAGAUGACAAAACCUGCGUCAUAAGCGACGUCAACAGGAGUAAUUCAGAGCAAUUUCUCGAAAGAUAUCUGAGCCAUACCGAUAUUGUGAAUGAUGCGAGAUGGCAUACAUUCGAUACGAAUGUAUUUGGUUCCGUUUCAGACGACAGAAAUGUUUACUUAUUUGAUACUCGGGCUCACAAUAAGCCCGUGCAAAUGUUUCAUGACGAAGCGUCGGAAGGGAUCAACAGUCUCGCGUUUUCUCCAUUUUCUACGAACUUGCUUGCUGUGGGAAAUCAAAACUCAAAUAUCAGCUUCUUGGACCUCCGAGUCCUUGAUCUGAAAUCAUCCAAGGGUGAUGCACUUCAUACCAUGAUGGGACACGGAGAUGGUAUUACGAGCAUGGAAUUUUCUCCACACAGAGAUGGUAUUCUAGCCUCGGGUUCACAAGACAGAAGGGUCAUACUCUGGGACUUGUGCAGAAUUGGAGAAGAACAGACACAGGAGGACGCAGAAGAUGGUGCUCCAGAAAUAUUCAUGAUGCACGCAGGCCAUACUAGUGCAGUGACAGAUUUGAGCUGGUGUCCAUUUCAGGAUUGGACACUUGCCUCAACAGCAGAUGAUAAUAUUCUUCAUUUGUGGAAAGUAAGUGAUCUGUUGACAAAAUAUGAAACUGGUGAAUUUGAAGUUCCCCGAUUAGAGUGA